AUGAAUGAAUUAUUCGAAUGGUACGAAUCAAAUUUUAAUCAAAAUUUAAUUUUACCCAUGAACACAUACCUAUUAACACCAUCACCAAGCGAUAUGAACAUGAUGAUACCCAAUAAUUCAUGCACAAAUAAUGUUUACCUUACCUUAAAUCCGUUAUCCGUUGAAAAAAGCUGUUUAAUUGACGAAGAAGAAUAUCCAUCAUCCAUACAAUCAAAAAUGGAAUGUUUUCCGAAUAACGAACAAACUACGGAUACAAAUAAAGAAUAUAAAAAUUACAAUAUGGAAACAUUUUGUGAUACAGAUAAAAUUGAAACAAUAAAUUACGAACAGAAAAAAAAGGUAGGUUUUACAAAUGGUCAAACAAACGAAAAUAAUAUAAUUCAAAAAACAAAAACGGAAAAUUUGGAAAUGAUAAUCUCGGAGCCGAAAGAUGUUGAAAAUGUAACAUUGCAAAGAAAAAAUUCGAAAAAAAAUGUAACGAAAUCAUUUGAAAGCAGAAAACUAGUGAGAGCUGAAAGCGUUAAAAAACCAAAUGAGAAUCAAAUAUCAAAGGAAAAUUUAACACUUCGAAAAUCUAAAAGCGAUGCCGUUAUGUCAACGAAAAAACAAAAUGGCGAUACGCCAUCCGUUAAAAUUCAAUUUACAAAAGAAGGAAUUAAGUUACCUAAAUGA